AUUGUCCUUACAUUUCACAAUUUUCUCAGGUAUAUAUUGCAGUGGGAAUCUAAGAAUCUUAUUGCUGUAAGCACUGCAAUUCAGGACUGGCUGACGUCAAGAAUUGCAUUGGAGUUGAUGAAGCAAGGCGCUAUGAUGACUGUACUACACACUCUUUUAACAGCAUUGGCUUGGCCUGCAGCUUUACUUACUAUUACUGAUUUUAUAGACAGCACAUGGUCAAUUGCUGUGGACAGAUCUGAUAAAGCAGGAGUACUCCUGGCAGAAGUGUUGAAAAAAGGAUUACAAGGGCACAGGCCUGUGACACUUGUAGGAUUUUCACUAGGGGCAAGAGUUAUUUUUAAAUGUCUCCAGAUUCUGGCUGAGACUGAAAAUAAUUCUGGACUAGUGGAAAGGGUUGUUCUUCUCGGGGCACCCAUUGCAAUUAAAGAUAUGAACUGGGAAGCAGCUAGAAAGGUGGUAGCUGGUAGAUUUGUGAAUGCUUACUCUACAAAUGAUUGGAUGCUUGGAGUUGCCUUUCGUGCCAGUCUCCUUACUCAAGGCUUGGCUGGUAUUCAACCAGUUGAGGUUCCCGGCGUUGAAAAUGUUGAUGUAACUGAAUUCAUCGAGGGUCAUUCGUCGUACCUAUGGGCAACCCAAGAGAUUUUAGAACUACUUGAGCUGGAUACUUAUUAUCCUGUUUUUGGUGAGCGUGCUGUAAAAACAUAGAUUUUACAGUUCUUAUUUCUUAGUAUUUAGCAUUCUUGCCACUCUUACUAUGAUUGCAUAGGUUCAGUAUGUGAAUAAGACUCUGAAACAUGAAUCUGUAACUUUGUAAAUUUGAUGAAAAGCAGGCCAGUUAGAUUCUGCUC